GCCGAGGCGCCGCGCGCCGCUCGCCGCUCCGCGCCACCGGGCCCCGUCCGGCCCGGCCAUGCUGCGGCCGAGGCCCCUCUGCCUCCUCCUUCUCCUCCUCCUCCUCCUGCACGUCGGCCGGGCCGCCUCCCCCGCUCCUCCGGCCACCCCCAGCCCGCUCAACGCCACGGAGGCGCCGCGGGCGGCCGCGGGUAACGGGACGCGGCCGGGCCCGCCGCCGGCAUCGCAACGACCGCCGGGGUCGGGGCUGUCGGCGGGAUCGGGGCUGCCGGUGCUGAAGCGGGCGGUGUACGUGCUGAGCGCCCUCUCGUUGCUGGCCGCGCUCUAUUUCCUCCUGCGGGCGUUCCGCCCUAGGUCAGAGGGACCCAGAAAUGAGCGCAAAACUCAUUUCAGGUUGAAGAAACCUCAGCGGAAGAAAUACGGCCUUCUGUCGAAUUACGACGAGAACAUAGAGAUGGCCUCGUUCGACAGCGACGAGGACACGGUGUUUGAAACAAGAAAUCUGAGGCGAUGAUUUGGGACCAGCGGCACCAACUGCACAGACUGACCAAGGGGGUGCAAGUCCAGUGGAAUCACCUUAGCAGUGCUCGAGUUUUAUUUUUUAUAUUUGCUUCUAAUGACUAUUAAUUAACAGUACAAACACUUCCAUAGCUGGGACAGGGGAAAGGGGACCAAACCUGUUUUCUUCACACACAUUUUUGGGGAAAGGUGGAGCUGGAAGCUAAAUGAUGCUGCAUUGGGUGCUGUUAACUGCCCAGGGAGAUGCUGAGGAAAACAUGACUCCUAGAUGAAUGCUCAGCAUUUGAAAUCUUACUGCUCUGGACUCAAGUGCUGCAGCUGUGUCUACUGGCCUGUCGGUAUUUUAUAGGUGUUCAUAUCCCUCUCUACUGACUGUGGCAGUCAGCUUGAAGUAUCAGGCAAGUGGAUUCCUUCUGCAGGCUGAUCCUCUUUCCUUCAUGCAGUAUCAGGUCACUUCUUUAGGAAGUGUCUCUGUAAUCAACUCUGAUCUGGUAUGAGCUGGGAGAGCUCUUGUCUGUUACACUAGUGGCAGGUGUGGAUAGUGUUGUGUUAGUUCAGACAGAGAAUAGUUUUGGGAAUGAGUUAAAUGCAUCAAUUUUCUUGUAGUUGCAGGGUUAGCAGUUACACAUGGUAAUACAGGUCAUUACAUGGGUUUACAGAGCAAAGACAUGUUUACAAAUGAAAGGUGUCACUUAGCCUAAAGGAGCAUUUCUCCAAAAGAGCAAUCAGUUGUGUAGUCUUUGGGGCUGUGAGUGUUCAGACUGUUUUGCCCAGCUCCAGUGGUGUGUUCACCAGAGAAAUGUGUGAUGUCUACCAAGCUUCUGGAUUUUUUCCUGCUGGCUCUGUCAGAGAUCACCUGAGGAAGAGCCAGAGUGCUGCGGUUUGAGUCGGAGAGCCUUAACUGCUGGUGUGAUGAGUGACCUGUGUCUGGGCAUCUGGUGACUGGGAGAAGACCCAAACCCUUAUAAACUGUGAUUUGUAAACUGAAAACAGCUCUGGCUCAGAAAUAAUCUCUUCUUGAAGGGUACUGGAGUUUCACUCCGUUUGCUGGUACUCAGGCUACGUCUCACUGUCAGGCCAACAAACUGGGAUGUUUCUGUGCAGCCCAUUGUGUUGGUAUUCGGGUUCUUAUUGUGUAGGACCAAACUUGAAUGUGUUAGAAGGUCACUGUUGGGUGGAUCUGUUGCUAAAAUGGUGAAAACUGCUUGUAAAGUGCUCCUGCUUAUGGCACAUUUUGGCCUUGAAGGGAAGGCCCUUCCUUUAAAACUAUGGGCAAGUGGAGACCUGUAUCCUUAAGUCCCACUUCCACCCAAAACUGGUAGUGCCUUUGUUAGGAGAACCCAAGGGAGUUACCCUGCAGGCCAGGGAGUUCCCUGCUUGACCUUACCUUUAAGAUGAAGAUUGAGAAUGUCUUUGGAGUAAUGGCUCCUUUCUUUUGGUUAGCAAAUCCUCUGUAGAUAAGGGGACAAAACUGACACUUAACAGAAAGAGUCGGGCAGAAGGGAUAUCCUUAUCAAGUAGCAAGGACAAAUGGUUUUGCUGCAGGUCACCUGGGAGCUCGGGGUCCAGCUGCUGCUCUGAAAUCCCUCAUGAGGCAGUUGAGGGAGUGGUGUGAUCCUGGUGCUCACCUGUGCGAGCAGCAGUGUUUCUCAGUGCAGAGCGGGUGAGAUUUCCUGGAGAAAUGUCACCCCAGGUGUUGGCAGCUCUGUCUUGCACACGUGCAAAAGAUUUUUAAAUAUAUAUAUAUAUAUUUUUAGUAAUGCUGUCAUGUGAACACAGCACUUGGAUGUGCCCUAAUUUCAUAUCAUUUGUAUCCUUUCAUGCCUCUUUUAGGUACUUUCUGCUUGUUUAGCUGAUGCAGAGAUGAAAGCGUUUGCUGUGUUCCUCUGUGAGGAUAGCAGGAAUGGCUAAAUCUGGCCGUUGCUGCCCCUUGGGUGAUCAGAGAGCUGAUUUGUUUGAUUCAUGGUAGUGUAUCUUCCUUGAUCCUGCACAGGCUGGCAGGUCUAUGCACAUGCUGAUAACUUUCUCUGGCUCUUCAACUCUCUCUGCAAAGUUGUUUCUUGCAUUGUGCCGAAGCCAGGUAAGCCUGACUGUAUUUCAGUCAACGGACGUGCCCUGGCUCAGCAUUGUGACUGACACGUUCGUUGGCCUUUCUUUACCUGAGGCGAUUAACUUGAUCAUUCUUUAGGCUCUGCUCUUCAUGGGACAGAUGGGUUUUGCAAUUUUGAAGUUUCCUUACCUUGCAGGAGUGGAGGAUUUUUUUUAAUGUUAACAGUUGAAUGAUUUUGAUCAAAGAGGGGAUCUCAAGCUGUAGGUCCUGCCUUGAAAAUAAUUUUGAUAGAAUUUGAUUUUGCUGUAAUAGGUAUUUAGAAUUUGAGCAGGGAAAGGUGUGGAGGGAUACAUCCAGAGCACAUAACGAGUUCCCUAUAUUGGUACUAUGUAGGCAAAUGGUAAUUAAGUUGAAGGCCCGGAGGGUGUGCCAGCCCAGUAUCUAUGCACCAUGUACAUGUUUUCCAGAGUCUUUCUGCUGGCUGUCUUUGAAGGGGAGGGUUUCAUCGUGUGGAGAAUAAAAAUGUGAUUGUGGGGCUGUAGUGUAGCAUUGCUGUCACUUUUAUUCUGAUCCUGUUUUGGCUGGAGACAGGUUUGAGCUGUAAUCAAUGACCCUGUGUGGCUAUUUCCAUUUUCCCCUGAAGCAUCCUGCAUCUUGGAAGCAGUCGGUAGUCUGGAUUUGCUCUUUGCAGGCCAAGACAUUACAUUCCUGCUCCAUUCUAAGUCAUUGUUAAAGGCAUUUUCUGAGAGGAGAAAACAAAGCUGCUGAUUACAGAUCUGAGACUCCUUUGAGGACAAAUCUAUUGCUCGGCACAGCUGUUACUGAUCUCCAUUUCUCCUGGAAGAAUAAAUUGGAGCUAUCACAGCAGCUUCUCCUCACAGUGGUGGAACAGUGCACCCAUGGGCAAUAAGUGUGAGGCCAGUGCAGGCUUUUUGGGUGGGUGGAUCUUGCUAAUAAUAGUGGCUUUUAAAGCCUUGCAUAAUAAGAGAGCAGUUCAGUAGUUACUGCAGUUAUAGUUUUAGUUUAUGCAUAUUUGAUACCCAUGUUGAUAGCCUAGUAGGUCUCUUUGCAACAGUUAGAUCUUCUGGUAGUUUUUCAGAACAGAUUUAGAUACACAGAUGCAAGCAGACACGCAUGUGCUCUGAGCCAGCUGCACGUGAGACAGCUCCAGCCUGGGAGCUGCACGGCUGCGUCAGCGCAGGGCUGUGCUUGUAUGAGUACGCGCUGCUGCUCAAGAGGAACGUGUGUCUGUCCCUGGGUAGGCUGAUGCCUCACCAGCUACUGCUGCACUUUUCUUUCUCCAGAGUGAAUCAGGGUGUUGGUAUAUAGUGGGAAUAGUGGGAAGCGAUACGGACUCUGGCUGCCCUUUACUGUUAGCCCGUGCGGGGCUUCUGCCGAUCCUUGCCAAAAGGGUGUCGGAGCUGAUGGGCGCAGGGUAAUGAGGACCAAGAGUGGAGUGUGGGGUUCCCUACGGUGCUGCGCAGUCACCAGCCUGUGUGUCACAAGUGACUGCUACAGAAUUCGCUUGAAACAAUCACUGUUGUUUAAGCCAAAGCCUAAUUUCAAAAGUUUACAUAAUUGCCUCUCUGAUCUUCUUGGAGGGCUGUAUUGAAUCCUCUACUGUUGAUAUUGAACUACUAGGCAAAUCGACUGGACCGUCUGCUGAGGUUAAUGAGAUUGACUGAGAGCGAUAUGAGCAUCAGCUCUCUAUUGUUAAUAAUGUGCUUCUGUUUUGUUUCAUUUGUACAUGUGACUGGAAUGGGAUCUGCAGCGCUAAAGUGCUGGGAGAUGGACCUGUGGUCUGAGCAGAUUGCCAAGAAGUCAAUAAAACAGCACUUGAGUGCAUUGUGUUGUCUGUGCUCUCAGAAAUGGAGGAGCUAGUCUUUCACCCUCCUGCUUGAAUUGUUGAUUUAUUUUUAAAUAGCAACCAGUCCUGUAUUGAUUGAUUGUUUUACUUUCGUUUACAGCAUCCCCCCUCCAUUGUAUCUUGAAACAAGUGAAAUAAAGCAUUCCGUUUCACCCGA